AUGUACAGGUCAGAGGCUUCGUCCUUCAAACUUGGUGAAAUUCUUAAUAUCGUUUGGAGGAUGAUAUCUCCAGCCCAUGAAAGAUGGAGAAGGUUUCAAACAAUUUACUUAUGCGUGCUAGACAUAUUACUCUGGGCGGUUAUCCAACGGGCGCAAGUAGGAUAG